AUGUGGGAGCGUUGGCCGCCGAUGCCGUGGUGGCCGGGGGCUAAAUACCAUGAGGGCAGUAAGAAAUGGGUGGGCGACUGGUCCACGAUCGAGGGGCGUAAAAGCAUCACCGACAACCAGCAGCUGGAGAUGAAGCCAAUAAGUAUCUGCAGAAACAUCCUGGACUCUGUUACCGGGGAACCGAUUCAAGGUCGGUAUUUUGAAGCACAGCCACCCCGUAACCAGCAAUACCGGUCAUACCACGACAUGCUGCUCACCUAUGAAGCUGACACGGACACGAAUAGAUAUGGGGUAAUGAAUCCCACCAUUAACGUCAUGAAAACCUGGAGGACUGAGAAUCCCCAAGCUGGCCAGGCGGACCCGCCGCUUCUUCGGACACAGUGGAGAGCCCGGACGGGUGGGGCCGAUGGCGCAAAGUAUCGGUCCAAGGGGCAUCUUGAGAGCCGGAAGCGUACGCGCGAGGAGUACGCUGCGAACGAGGGGCUUGGGUAUGACGAUGAUUACGGGUGGUUGAGGAUCGAGGCGACAGAGAAGGAGAGCAAGGUGCGGGCUUGGCAUGAUAAGGCUAAAAGGAGGAAGAUGGACUGGUAG